AUUUCAACUACACAUCCCAGAGUCUUCUUCUGUGGUAAAUCAUAGUUGGCUUAUCCAGCAAUUAACAACUCUUGUCCAUUAACCCAUUCUCCGAAAUGACACCCCCGAUGAUCACACUAGAGGAGCAUUACCUCUCCAAUAGCGCAGAUGCGUUGAAAGAAUUCUAUUCGGAACAGUUUAAAAACAUUCCCCAGCUAGCCGAGAAGAUGUCAGACGUUGGACCGCUGCGACUUGGGUCGAUGGACGAAAAUAAUAUUUCCGUUCAAGUAGUGAGCCAUUGCCCAGGAGCAAUGCCAGUGUCCCAAUGCAAGUCAGCCAACGAUGAGCUGGCGGCGGCUAUUGAAGCCAACCCCACCCGGUUUGCCGGCUUCGCUGUUCUCCCGGUCUCUAACCCGGAUGCAUCGGCCACAGAACUUAGACGGUGCAUCCGCGAGCUGGGCUUCGUAGGAGCCCUCAUUGACAACCGCUCGGGCGACACGUACUACGACGGACCUGAGUAUGAGAAGCUGUGGGCGGAAGCCCAAGACCUCGAGGUUCCUAUCUACCUGCACCCGACGUGGCCUACUGACAAGCAAAAAGAGCUUCUCUACACCGGAGCCUUUGCCGCAUCUGCUGCUCUCAGUCUCGGCACUUCUGGGUGGGGAUGGCAUUCGGACGUCGCAUUGCACAUCCUGCGGCUCUUCGCGGCAGGAACAUUUGACAAAUUUCCCCGUCUCAAAAUCAUUGUGGGCCACAUGGGCGAGAUGCUUCCGUUCAUGCUGCAUCGCAUUAUCCAGUUGUCGCCGCGCUGGGGCAAACGAAAUCGCACCUUCAAGGAUGUCUACGACACCAACAUCUGGAUCACUACGAGUGGGGUCUGGAGCGUCGAUCCUAUGGCAACCAUCUUGCGGAAUACGAAGAUCGAUAGAAUCUUGUAUAGUGUCGACUACCCAUUUGGAAGGAAUGAUGACGGACUGCAAUUCAUCAAAGAGCUCGAGGAAAGUGGGUUGGUGACUGAAGAGCAGUUGAAGCGAAUCGCGUAUCAAAACACGGAGGAGCUAUUGGGGCUUCGAGUAGACAAGACCUUUAGCUAGUCGCGAGGAAGUAGCUUGCCUAGUUGACGAAAUCGACGAGAUAUAUCCAUGUUGAACGGACUAACAUGUGAAUAUAUCAAUCAUGCAC